CUAACAUCAUUCUGUGUAGUUUCACUUAGUGAGUUUAGUUCUCCCUGCAGGACAGACAAGGCACCAAGAUGGGCACAGUGGGCAUUGCCGCCGUAUUUCUACUGAGUGCAUUGAUCCUGAUAACUGACCUGACAUCCGCCCAGGAUUAUAUGCUGGAGGAAAAGUCUGAAUGUCAUUAUAAUAACGGCACCGAGAGAGUCCGGUUUCUGCGGAGAUAUUUCUACAACCAGGAGGAGUUUGUUUACUUCGACAGCGACAUCGGGAAAUACAUCGCGAAAACAGAACUCGGGAGAUUUGUAGCGGAUCAAUUUAACAGCGAUAAGGAAUGGAUGGAGUAUGAGAAGAAUAAUGUGCAGAGUUUCUGUGUCCAUAACUAUGGAGUAUUGCACACAGUGACCGCUGACAGGAGAGUUAAACCAUCGGUGAAGAUAUCGGUAAUGGCAUCAGGCGAUGAUUUAUAUCGACAUAAACACUCCCUGAUCUGUAACGUGUAUGGCUUCUACCCUGUGGGCAUAGAGGUGAAAUGGUUCCGCAAUGAGCAGGAGCAGACCACCCAGGUCAGUUAUUCUGGGCCCCAUCCGGAUGGAGACUGGACCAAUCAGCUCUUGGUAGACUUGGAGACAGAAAUACAAAAAGGUGACAAGUUCACCUGCGAGAUUCAUCACAGGAGCCUGGAGAGCCCACUCAGAGUAGAAUGGAAACCAGAGACCCCUGACUCAGCCAAAAACAAGAUGGUGACGGGGAUAAUCGGGUUUGUUCUGGGGGCCAUUUUCAUCGUUGUCGGUUUGGUUCUCUAUCUGAGAAGUCAGAAAGCAACUUCUACAAUCCGAGUCCGUGGGACAGAAGCUUUCAUACCGAAUUAAUGACCAGUGUUUCCUUGUAAACUCAGAAUAUUACUUUCCUGCUCCUCGCGCUGCAGAUCUGAAUCUACCCCAAGCAGAGGCACUUUGUUAUACGAUGUGAAAUCGAAUUAAAAACAAACCUACGAAUAUACCGAGCUACAGAUUGAAUCCUGUAAAUAUUGUGAUUAUUCACAAAGUUUGGAAGUAAAAACCACGAGCCAAUUAAUGCUGUAGUUAAUACAUUUUUAGCAUGUAUGAUGAUUAUUUCAUUUAUUGCUUUGUACAAACAGUUACUUUUAUAAUCCAAGUCUGCCAUAAAACGAGUCACAUGUGUGGAAGUCACCAUGGAAACCAGUGUAACCAACAGACACAUUCCAUUACUGACCCCUCACAUUUUAAGUCUUUUCAGAGAUUUAUUAACAUGUGAUAGAUAAUAUCUAGUAGCAGGCUGGCCAAAUCUUUGGUCAUAAACAGUUCUUUCCUCCAAUAUGAGGAAAGCUUUAUUUAGCAACAGGCCCCAGGUUAGCAACAGCAAAACAUUAAACCAAAAUAAACUCCUACUCCACACUGGAGACUAACUAACAUAGAGUGCCCUUUCUAUGAUACUGGGCAGCUAAGCUGACCCCAAUAGUUUAACAAAUAAAAACUUGCAAAAUACCUUUACUUUCCACACAGUUUCAGCAGUGUCUCUGUCUCAGCCCCAGUUCUUCACAGGAGAGACUGAUUUCCCUCUGCAUAGGGUUUAUGUAGCUCCCUAAUUGAUGUACUACUAGAGCAACCUGAUUUUUAACCCCCUCUAGUCAGGGAAUUUCUGCAUUAUCAAAUGGUAUGCCAUGAAGGAGGUAAUUUGAGUUUGGGGGCGGAUAAACUACUGGUUCUAGGAAAUUAAUCUGUAAAAAAAUAAUGUUUAAAAACCUAUAGCUGUUAAUUUAAAUCCUUAUCAUAUGAGCAAAUAAAUGAAUCUGUUUGGAAGUAUUUUUCAAAGUACUUUUCAAAGAGAAUGCUUAGCACAUCUUCCACUUACACACCAUAAUUAGGAAGCAUAAAAGAUCUGUUGAAUAGUCUAUAAAAAUAAUUUAGAAAAAAAACAACUUUAUUAUUAUUAUUAUUUUAAAUAAAACUAUAUCAGUGAUUUAUGUUUAAUCUUGUGGGAAUAAUCUAAUCUGAUAUGGAGUUGUGCCAUCUGUCACCAACAGAUUACAGAGCAAUCAAUGAGGAUAAUAGUAACUAAGAACGAGGUGUAACGUUACUGCUAAUAGUGAAUAUAUCAUACAUAUCUUAGUCUGUAGUAUUUUACAUCUUAGGGGAUACUGAGCAGUAAUGUAUAAGGUUAUAUUUAAUAAAUCCAUUAUUUUACCUUAUUGUAACAUAGAAAUGCAUUUUUCAUGUACCACAGAGAGGGUGUUUAAUGUUGGUUUUCUCUGGUUCUACCCCAAACCUGCCCUUAGCCUUCCUGUAUAUUUUGUGUCUAUAGUUGUUGAGUGGAUAAAUAAUAUAAGCAAUCUGUCUCUCACUAUGUUUGUGCUUAUGCAAAUAAUAAUAAUUUCAUUAAACCAGGAAGUGUAUAGUUAGAUUUUGCCAGAUUCCAACUACGUCCAGGGGUCAAGGUGUUAUGAAUGAAAUAAACGAAUUAGUAUACGAGACUUUAUUGUGACACCAUAUUUGGGAGCAGAAUAUUCUUUUUAUCGUAAUUCCUGUUUUGCAGUGUGAGUUAGAUACAGCUUUCAGAAGCCCAUGAUUGGAAUUUGAUAAUAAAAUACUCGCCUGCACUUUAAUUAUCGUUUUCUAAAGCUGAAGCCUUGUAUAUCUUUAAUUAAUUAAUAAAAAUGUGCCUUACACCUGACCUCCUUAA